AUGAGCAACAAAAAUAAUAAAAAACCAACUUAUCGAUUAGCGUUAGAAUACAAAAGCAAAGUAGCAGAUAAAAAUAAAACAUUGUUUGUUGUAUUAUUUCAAACAUUUGCUAGCAUUAAAGGAACCGAUAAUGAUGCUCUCGAGCCCGUAGCUUGGAUUAUAGCUGAAGUUACUGACAAACAGCCGCCCGUGAGCGUUGAAUAUCAAGAAACUUAUAAUGUUGCCAUUGUUGAUUACUUUGAUCAAGAUGAAAUCGGAGUGAUUAAAUCUUCCCAAAUUUUGCCAACGGAAUUGGGAAGAAGUUGGUUUCUAGAUCAUGUUGCUCAAUAUGAUAAAAAUAAAAUUAAACCAGCUAAUCCAAACCAUUUAGUUAUCACGAACAACUCGAUAUCCGAUGAAAGAGUCGGAGUUGGGAUGUAUGGCAAGUUAAGUCUUUUACUCAAACUAAAUGCUAUUCAACGUCGUGAAAAUGAAUUAAGGGCAGUAGGAGGUAAAAAAGAAGAUCCUCGUGAAAUCAAAGGUCUUCCGGUCAACUCGAAAGUGGAUUUUGAAGUUUCGCCACAAUAUUAUUUAGGUGUAUUCGAAAAAAUUGAAGUAGGCCAAUUAAUUUCUACCGCGAAAUUGAUAUCCAAACCUGCUAAAGUAGAAUUUCCAAUAGCUAUAUUCAAUGCUACUGCUACUAUUUUUGAUCUUAACACUGGUAAAGAUGAUAUUCUAUAUGAUAUUACAAUUGAAUAUCCUCCUAUUAGGUCGGAGAAAUUGUAA